UCCUGCUUUUCCAAAUUCCAAACCAAAUGACGCUUCACCAAACCAAUUUUUACGCAUUUCGCUUAAUGUACCUUCGUGUGAUUCUUCUCUUCUCUGCAAGUAGUCUCCUUUGCUUGCAACUUGUGGCCAUUACUGCCACCACUCCAACAAACGAGACUGAUCAUUUGGCUUUGCUCAAAUUCAAAGAAUCUGUACCUCAUGAUCCAUAUAACAUAUUGAGCUCAUGGAAUGACUCAAUGCACUUCUACAACUGGCAUGGAAUCACAUGCGGCCGCAGGCACCAAAGAGUCACGGCCUUGAACCUAGAGGGCUAUAAGUUACGUGGAUCCAUAUCACCUGAUAUUGGAAACCUCACUUUUCUUAGGUUCAUCAACCUCCAAAAUAAUAGUUUCUAUGGCAAAAUUCCACAAGAAAUCGGUCAUUUGUUCCGACUGCAACAACUAGAUCUUAACAAUAACUCGUUGGAAGGGGAAAUACCAUUUAGCUUGUCCAACUGCUCCAAUCUCAGGUUCAUAAAUCUUUAUGUGAAUAAGCUUAUAGGGAAAAUUCCAGUGGAGUUAGGUUCUUUAAUGAAACUCAAAAAGCUUCAACUUCCCAUAAACAAUUUGGCAGGAGGGAUCCCACCUUCUCUAGGUAAUCUUUCUUCUCUCACAACUUUCGCUGCAGCGUACAAUAAUUUUGUGGGAAAUAUUCCAGAGGCCAUAGGCCAAUUAAAAGGCUUAGAAUUUUUCUCAAUUUUCAUGAAUAAAUUAUCAGGUACGAUCCCUUCCUCUCUUUACAAUGUGUCAUCUCUUCAAACCUUUUCAGUUUCAAACAACCAACUUAAUGGCACACUCCCAGCCAACAUAGGCCUCAAUUUUCCUAAUCUCCAAAAUCUUCUUUUUGCUGGAAAUGAGUUCUCUGGAUCAAUCCCUACUUCAUUAUGCAAUGCAACUCAGCUUCAAAAUAUUGAUUUAGGCAAAAACAAAUUUUUGGGACCGGUUCCAACAAAUUUGCAAAAUCUACCAUAUCUUUUCUUGCUAGAUUUGAGUGACAAUUACCUAGGAAAGAGCCUCCAUUUCUUAACAUCUUUAACAAACUGUAGCAAACUGAACACGGUGGAUUUAAGUACAAACCAAUUCCGAUGUGUUUUGCUCAAUUCUAUAGCCAACUUGUCCACCCAACUCACUGAAUUAUAUUUUGGAGGCAAUGAAUUAUUUGGAACUAUUCCCACAUCAUUUGAGAAUCUUGUCAACUUAAUUGUCUUGGGCUUAGAUGAUAAUCACUUCAUGGGCAUCAUUCCGACUAGUUUUGGGGGGUUUCAAAAAAUGCAACUAUUGGCAUUAAGUGGAAACAAGUUGUCUGGAGAAAUACCAACUUUCAUAGGCAACCUUACUCACUUGUUCAAACUUGAUUUACAUGAAAACAAAUUGGAAGGAACCAUACCUCCAAGCAUUGUAAAUUGUCAAAAUUUGCAGUUCUUAGUCGUUUCACAAAAUAACCUAAAUGGAUCCAUACCCCAGCAGCUUUUUGGUAGUUCUUCCCUUCCACUAGUUCUCCUCAAUUUGUCACACAACUUGUUUACGGGCAUACUACCAUUUGAAGUUGGUAAUUUGAAAAAUAUGAUUGAAUUGGAUGUCUCCAACAAUCAUUUGUUUGGUGAAGUUCCUUCAUCUAUAGGAAAUUGUUUGACCUUGGAAAGCCUUUACCUGCAAGGGAAUUCCUUUGAAGGAGCCAUACCAUCAUCUAUGACUUCUUUGAAAUCUCUUCAACGUCUAGAUGUUUCACAAAAUAACCUAUCAGGAUCCAUUCCAAAGGGUUUAGAGAAGCUUCCUCUUUUAGAAAAUUUGAAUCUUUCAUUCAAUAAUUUUGAGGGUGAGGUACCAAUUGAAGGAGUUUUCAAAAACAUAAGUGCGAUAUCAUUGAUUGGAAAUAGUAAACUUUGUGGUGCUAUACCAAAAUUGCAGUUACCAAAAUGCUUUGUAAAAGUUAUGAAACCAAGAAACUCUGUUGGCUUCAAACUAGCAAUUAUUAUUGUUUCCAUUGUUCUAUUUUUCAUUUUGUUUUCAUCCUUUCUUGUUCUUUAUUGGAUGAAAAAUUCAAAAAAGAAAGCAUCUUCUAUGGUUUCAACAACAAACCUCCUCCCAAGUGUUUCAUACAAACAACUCUAUCAAGCGACUAGUGGAUUUUCUUUGAGCAAUUUAAUUGGCUCUGGCAGUUUUGGCUCUGUAUAUAAAGGAGUUCUUCAUCCAGAAGAAACAUUUAUUGCUGUGAAGGUCCUUAACCUUCAACACAAGGGCGCUUCCAAGAGCUUUAUGGCCGAGUGUAAUGUCUUAAGAAAUAUCCGGCAUCGGAAUCUUGUCAAGAUAUUAACAUGUUGCUCUAGCAUGGAUUAUGGUGGAAAUCAAUUCAAAGCUCUAGUCUUUGAAUUCAUGACAAAUGGGAGUCUAGAUAUUUGGUUGCAUCCAGAGAUAGACAGCGAAGAUCAAUCACGAGACUUAAGCCUUCUUCAAAGACUAAAUGUUGCAAUUGAUGUUGCUUCUGCAUUAAAUUAUCUUCACAAUCAUUCCGUGCCACCAAUCAUUCAUUGUGAUUUAAAGCCCAGCAAUGUUCUUCUUGAUAAUGAUAUGGUUGCUCAUGUAAGCGAUUUUGGCUUAGCAAGGCUCCUCUCAACUGAUGAUUCUUCUCAAAAGCAAACUAGUUCAAUUGUAAUAAAGGGAUCUAUUGGUUAUGCUGCUCCAGGUAAAAUCUUUUAAAUUCUGUUUAUAUUUUAAAAUAUUCUAAUAGAUAUUGUUAAAAAAUUUGAAAUAUCAUCAAAUUACAUUAGAAAUCAAUAUAUUACUAAAAGCUGAAGCGUGGCAUUUAUAGCUGCUGAGCUCCUGUUGCGCCACCUCAUCACCACGUCAUUCGCCACAUAAUUAAUAUUUAUUCCU